UGAUAAAUUACAAAAAUGCUACGUCCAGGUUCCUCAAUGAGUAAAGCCAAAUAAACAAAAGCAACAGCCCCCGUUUCUGGAGGAAUUGCAGCAAAAGUAGUUUAAGAAAAAAUGCCUACUUUAGAAGAAUAUGUUAAAAAUAGAGAUUGGGUAGGAGCAAUAUCUCUAUUAGAAAAUGAAUAAAAGUAUUAUUUGAUAAUUUAAAGAUUAGUUUUAAUGAUUCAAGAGCAGAGCCUAAAUUAUGGUUAGCUUAUGCAUGUUUUCAUAAUGGAGAAUACAAGUAUUAGACAUAAUAUAUUUUAAAAUAGAAGGGCGAUUUAAGUUUAUGAUCAAAUGAUGACAAAGCCAGAUUACAACAAAGAGAUUCAUAUAUAUAAGGCAUGUUGUUUUUAUGCUCUAUGUCAAUAUGAAGAUGCAAAGAGAGAAUGUUCAAAAGGUCCAGAGACAGCUUUAUCAGUGAGAUUGUAAUUGAAUUGAUUCUAUAUGAUAGAUAAUUUCAUAUAGCUCAUAAAAAAAACGAUGAGAAGAAUCUUAUGACCUAUCAUCACAAGAUACAAGAAACUGUUCAUGAUUAAUUGUGUUUGGCAGCAAUUCAUUAUUUAAGAGGACAUUAUGAAGAAGUAACUGAAAUUUUUUUAUAUGAUAGGCAACUGAUGCAUACAAAAAAUUAUUGCUUGAAAAUAGAGAAUAUACAGCAAUCAAUGCUUAUAUAGCUUUGUGCUAUUAUAAAUUAGAAUAUUUCGAUGUUUCUAUUGAAAUUCUCUCUUCAUAUCUAAAUCAAUUUCCAUAAAGUGUUACAGCAAUUAAUCUAAAGGCAUGCAAUCAAUUCUAAUUAUACAGUGGUAAAUUAGCUGAAGAAGUAUUCAAACCAUUGCAAUCCUAAUAUGAAGGAAUCAAUGUUUGUGCAGAUAAUGAUUUAUUAAAACAUAAUUUAGUCGUAUUUAGAGCUGGAGAAAAUGCUUUAAAAGUACUUCCUCCUUUAGUAGAAAUAUUCCCAGAAGCAAAACUUAAUCUUAUUGUCUAUUAUUUAAAAAAUGAAGAUAUUGGAGAAGCAUUCAAUUUAGUUUAAGAUCUUUAACCAACCAACCCAAAAGAGUAUAUCUUAAAAGCUGUUGUUUAUGCUAUGAAAGGAUAAUCUAAUCCUGAUUAAAAAGAAGCCUUAAAAACUGCUUAAUAACUAUUUUAACUAGUGGGAUCUUCGGCUAGUGAAUGUGAUACAAUUCCUGGUAGGUAAUCUAUGGCUUCAUGUUUCUUUAUUUUAAAAUAAUAUGAAGAUGUUUUAGUUUAUUUAAAAUCUAUUAAGUAAUUCUUUUAAAAUGAUGAUGAUUUCAACUGGAAUUAUGGAAUUGCUUGCGCAGGUACUGGAGAUUAUAAAGAAGCUGAAGAUGCUUUAGCAUAGAUUCAAUCUGAAAAAUAUAGAGUAAAUAUAUUAAAUUCUAUUUAUUUUAGUCUGAUGAUAUUUACAUCAAAUGGAUGACUAGAACAUAUAUAAUGAAUGGCAAAGCAAAGUAAUUGAUUGUAUUUAUCAUCUUAGAGAAGCUUGGGAAUUGUAUAUUAAUAUGGAGACAUCAAGUGAAUCCUUUUAAAUUUUAGUCUUAAUUGCUAAUGAUUGUUACAAAAUGGGUCACUUUUAUUAUGCUGCUAAAGCUUUUGAUAUUUUAUAAAGAUUAGAUUCAGAUAAUGGCGAACAUGAAUAUGAAGAUGCUUUAAGAGGUUCAGUUGUAGGAGUAUUUCAAAUGGUUAUAGCAUCCAAAGAGACUCUAGAUCAUUUAAUUGAAGUUAUGAAUAUCUUGACAAAUACAGGUGAUAAUCCUCAAGUAGAAUACAUUCUUAAAAUAAUUAAAAAAUGGGGAAAAGAAAAUAAUUGGAAAAUAUGAAACAUAAGCU